GCGGAGCCAUUGCUUCCACUCUAUAUACUGAUACAACCCUUUAAAAAAAGACACACCAGAACAAUGUAGGGUACACAUCCAGCAUUCUACCCUUACAUGUAUUCUCUCACGUAUUAAGUUCAAAAGGAACCAAGGCAUCCUAAAAGUCGUCUAAUUUUCCUUUUAGCAUCUCCCUUGGUAGAAUCAUAUCCAGAAAUAGCUCUUAUUUGGUUUUCUGACUAUGAAUCUGCAAUACAUUAUUUUUCUACGUUCCAGCUUGUUACCACUUGAUGCCUCUGAUGAUUAAGCUCUCAAAAGCUUGUACCAUUAGCACAUUUAUUAGUGUUAAGCUGCCAUAACCCCCCUCUGGUAAUUUUGCAAACUUUUCCCAAAUGGUAACUCACCUCUUCCCUUUUACAACCAUCCUGGCUUCCAGCACCAUGAAGCAAACCAGUGCGUAUUGAUGUAUAGCAGAAAAAGCAGUAUAAAUGUGGGGUUUAUUGAAGAUUAAAUGAGAAAUGCCUCAGCCCUGUCAGGGAGGGCAGCAUAUUAAUUGAGCUAACUAAAUAUUUUUAAAAUGCCUUUGAAAAGACGACACGUUUUACAGAGGAGGCCCAGGUCAGCAGAUUGGGAAGGCAAAGGGUUUACGUUGGCUUCCGCUUGUAGGUGCGGAACGAUUUUACACCGGAACUGAAGUCGCGAGAACGAGGGGGGAACAAGUUUCUUGUCGGAAUGGUCCGUCGUCCUUUUCUCCCCGGUCUGAAUCUGUGGGCUGUGGGGACAAAGGAUAACCCCCCCCGUACCUGUUGCUCCCGUUUACUCAUGCUUCUCUGCCAUCUUGGACUUUGAGGUGAAUGGUGACAUAAGCUUUUGGGAGUUGUGCAUUAUAAGCUUGCAUCACUGGUCUUCCAGAUGGAAGAGGCUCCUCAAGGGACUUUCCAGGAUGAAUUGGAGUGGUGCAUCUCCCAGCUGGAGACUGGCCUCCUCCGUCUCAAUCCAACUCCAGAGCAAGUGGAGGACUCUCGGUACAUCCUCAGGGUGCUCCGCUCGCGCAAGGCUCCUGUUGUGAAAAAGCGACAGGUGAUGCACCAGAUCUUUGGCGACUACCGGCUCAAGAUGACUGAGGAGUUGAAGAGAGCAGCUAAAGCAGUUGUGAAAUCCGAGAAGAUGGAAAUUCAGCCUGGUGAUGCAUUCCCUCUGGGCAGUGUGGUGGUCCACAGGAAACGAUCCGACCAGCCCUCUAAGUCUUCAUCAUGGUUCACUCCAUCCGACAGUAGCUCUCAGUUUCACUUAGAUCGUCCUGAGAGAACCCCAGAAGAAGUGAGAACAAGAACCCGCGAUGUGAAGCAAGCCCGGGGUAGAGCCGGCUCUCCAAGAGCAACCGGAGCCGCAGGUGAGCGUUCCCCCGACUUACUUUAA